AUGGAAGAAUUAUCGCCCCAGCCGCACAAAGAACGCAACUUCCCCACUUUAGACCUAUCAGCCCAAACGCUCGACGCAGCCCAACAGCCCGUUCUCAUCGUACAAUCCCCCAAAACCCCCACGCUAUCGAAGAAACUCAAAGCCGUCAGCCUCGACUCGGACCCCCCCUCGCAAUCCUCCACCCUCGACCUAUCCCGCGACGUCUUCUCCAUGCCCAACACCCCCAAGAAGCACCCCAAAACCCAACCCGCCGCCGACCUGGGCAGCCUGCCCAGCCUGCAAAAGGCCAACCUCGCCCCUACCUUCAAUUCGAACCUCAAGAAAUUCGCAUCGAACAACAGCAUAUCCGGCUCGCAAACGCUCAAAACCCUACCCGAGAUCAAAUCGCUGCACGACUUCACGUCCGAAGGCCCCGUCGCGGCCCCCGCGCGCCUCAAAAAGGGCUUGUUAGAGCGCCGCGGAUCGAACGUCAGCCUUACGAUCGAUCUCGGAUCGAACCCCACCAUAUCCGAGUCGAAGCCGGCCAAUCGACUAGUCACCGCCAAAAGCGUCUCAAACUUGGACCUGUCGAAGCUCGACGCCUGCACGUGCUCGAAAUCGCACAAAACGGAGCCGAAGGAACACCGGAAAUCGUCGCAGGAGGCCUGCGUGAACUGUACGAUCGACGAGAAUCGCCCGAACAACAUCCGCAGGUGCACGGUGGACUGUCCGGUGACGAAGCGGUGCCGGUGUUGCGCCAAUUCGCGGCGGAAAUCGCUGUCGAACGAGAACCUGUACGUGCCGCCGUGCGUGUUCUGCCACAACGGCGCCCCCAAGGAGCCGGAGGAGGCUUCGAAGCGCGGCAGGGAGAUCAGGAGGGCGUGCUAUCCGCGCCAGACCGAUCUCGAUCUGACCCACAUAUUCUCCGAGGAUUUCGUGCUGCACGUGGAGACGAUGCAGUACCUGCAGACUGCCACCAACACGCUGUCUGUCGAUGAUUUGAAGAGGAUCUGUCAGGAUGCUCGUGUGAUACAACAGGAAUUCUGGCAGGUGCCUUUGAAUAUACAAAACAAAUGUUGCGUAUCGGGUAGCCAGAGUUUGAAUAGAUACAAAGAAGUGUUUCCGAACGAGUAUAGUCGAGUGCAUUUACCUGGAUCGCAGCAAUACAUCCACGCCAAUUAUAUAAAAGGUCCCGAUUACACGGAAACCGUCUACAUAGCGACCCAAGGCCCGAUGGCCCACACUUGCAAGGAUUUUUGGGAAAUGGUGUGGACCACUAACUGCAAAUGCAUAGUGAUGUUGACCGGCCUCGUCGAAAAGGGAUCCAGCAAAUGCGACCUGUACUUCCCCUUGGGCAAGAAAGACGACAACGCGGAGCGGUCUUUUCACUACGUCAAAACGACGAAAGUUCGCGACAAAUUCACGUUCGAUAUGAAAUAUAAUACUCAACAAUACGAGGAGGAGAUCCACCGGUUCGAGGAACGCGACGAAGUCACCUUCGGGAACUACCGGAUCACAUAUGUGAGUGAAAUCAAGUUGAAGGAAUGCACCGUGAGACAGCUAAAAGUGAAACGAUCGGACUCCGAUCCGCGCGUGAUCUAUCACUAUUGGGUGUCGAAUUGGCCCGAUCACAAGAUGACCUGUCCGAAGCAGGUGCUCGAAAUGGCCCUCGACGUAUUGGACAAGAUGCACGCGAAGCGCAAGUCCGACAAUAAGCCGAACAUAUCGAAACGAUCGACCGACGAAUCUCUAUCGCACAGUACAAAUUUCAAAAGUGAUCUCAAAGCGAAAAGCUGGAGCGACAGCUCCGAUAGCAUAAUGACCAAAAAGGACACCAUGCUGGUUCUAAAAGGUACGCCCGAAGCCCGUCGAAAGUCCAUAGAAAACCUGAAGGCCCCCGUGGUGGUGCAUUGCAGCGCCGGAAUAGGCAGGACCGGCUGUUUCCUGGCGAUCCUCAACGGCAUCCAGCAGUUGAGAGAGAGCGGCAACGUCGACGUGUUGGGCAUUUUGUGCUCGUUGAGAAUGAACAGGGGCGGAAUGGUCCAAACGGUCGAACAGUACGAAUUGAUCUAUAGGGUAUUGAGCUUGUACGCCGAGAGUAUGACUUAA